AUGAAGAACGCAUACACGACACUAGGCUUCGCCCUCGGCGCCUCUGCUAGUCUACACCCUCGCGACCAGUGCUGCUUUUCUCUGAACGCCGCAGGUGGUCAGAGUGGAGUCGUUGGUCAGCUUGGUGAUGGUCAGAACAGAAUUGGCCAGAGUGGCGGACUCGCGAACCAGCAGGGCACCUACUGCUUGAGCAAUGGCGGUCUGACAGAUCAAAGCGGCCGCGGAUGCAUCCUUACUCCCCCAACGACCCAGUUCCAGUGCGACGUCGGUGCAUCUCCAACCAACGGAUUCAGUGUCAACUCGAACGGUGACUUGACGUACAACGGCAACACCCAGUUCUAUGCUUGCGCUACUGGUGACAACGGUGGUUACAACAUCUACACCGUCACCACUGGCGAUCAGACUGGAUGCGUCAAGAUUACUCUCAACACUGGUGGACAAUGCAUUGGCGGCGGUGGCGGCAAUGGUGGUUCAUCUGCCCCUGCUUCUUCGGCACCUCCUGCCUCGCAGCCUGCCAUUUCAGCACCCCCUGCUUCCAAGCCAGCAUCAUCUGCUCCUCCAGCUUCCCAGCCCCCGGCUCCUGCUCCUCCAGCUUCGAAGCCUGCCCCCUCUGCGCCUCCUCCCUCAGCUCCUCCAUCCGGUUCAGCAAGUCAGGGAACCCCAUGUGCUACCCAUAACUGCCCCAACGGUCCUGGCACAUUCAUCACUGUCACACCUUCGACAUACCCUACCAGCUACGUUGUGAACGGUCAAACCGUCAUCUUCACUGCUCAGCCUUCGUCAUGUAUGGCUAUGUCUACAGGUGGUGGCAAUGGCGGCGGCAACGGAGGUGGUGGUAACCAGCCUCCCGCAAACAAUGGAGCUGGCAACCAACCCCCUGCCACUAACGGUGGAGGUAAUGGCGAUGCUCAACCUCCUGGUCCAAUGCAGACCUCGACCAUCUACCAGACCACCUACUAUGCAACCGUCUACAGCUGCCCGCCUGAGGUCGGUGACUGUCCUGCGACUAACGUCGGUGUCAGCGGUGGCCAGCCCACUGCUCCCGCCUCGCAGCCUGCUACGACGCCUGCUCCUAGUGGUCCAGCUUCUCAACCUGCUGGCUCCAAGCCUGCUGCAUCCGGACCUGCCCCUAGCGGACCUGCAUCUCAGCCCGCCGCUUCUGCCCCUCCUCCAAGUGGAACUUCCACUGGCAACGGUGGCAAUGGAAAUGGAAAGGCUUGUCCUACUGCCUUGACUGGUGCUUACCAGACACCUCACGCCAUUAUCCCUAUCAACAAGGACCAGCCUGGCACUUCUUACGGCACUCAGUACAACGCAUAUAUCAGCUCCAGUAACAGCACUAUCUUCAACUUUGACAUUCCUGCAAGCUACUCUGGCAAGCAAUGCAGUGUCAUUUUCCUCUUCCCUAAGAAGUCCGACCUUGAAACUUCUGACUUCACCAUGUCUGGAUCCGGUGGCAUGAAGUUCGACCAGCUGGCCUCCCCCGCCCCUUUGACCGUCUCGUACAGCAGCUGCCCUGCUGUCAGUAGCAACAUGGGUACUAUCGCCAGUGUCACCCCUGGGAACAGCUACAUAGUUGCUACUGGCGCUUGUCAGCCUGGUACCACCAUGUCCAUCUUGGCCAGUGGUACCGGCGGAAUGAGCCUUACUUACUUCCAGGACUGGAACCCCAGCCCUAUCGGUGUCUACAUUACCUCAUGCUAA